CGGGGAGAAGCCCGCAAGGGCCGGAACAAAAGCCGGAUCCCGGGCAGCUGCGGGCGGCUGAAGGGCUCCGGGUAGUGGGCGGAGACGUGGGGCCUGUAGCCCGAGCGCCGCGCACAGACCUUCGCAGAGAGGUAUACCAGGGCCUUCUGCAGCCAUGUCGGCCAAGGCGAUCUCCGAGCAGACAGGCAAAGAACUCCUCUACAGGUACAUCUGCACCACCUCGGCCAUCCAGAACCGGUUCAAGUAUGCCCGGGUCACCCCUGACACGGACUGGGCCCACCUGCUGCAGGACCACCCAUGGCUACUCAGCCAGAGCUUGGUGGUCAAGCCAGACCAGCUGAUCAAACGGCGUGGAAAGCUGGGCCUAGUUGGUGUCAACCUCACUCUGGAUGGAGUCAAGUCCUGGCUGAAGCCACGGCUGGGACAGGAGGCCAUGGUUGGCAAGGCCAGAGGCUUCCUCAAGAACUUUCUGAUUGAACCCUUCGUCCCCCACACUCAGGAGGAGGAGUUCUACGUCUGCAUCUAUGCUACCCGAGAAGGGGACUACGUCCUUUUCCACCAUGAGGGCGGGGUGGACGUGGGCGACGUGGAUGCCAAAGCCCAGAAACUGCUCGUCGGCGUGGAUGAGAAGCUGAAUCCUGAGGACAUCAAGAAACACCUGUUGGUCCAUGCCCCCGAAGACAAGAAAGAGAUUCUGGCCAGCUUUAUCUCUGGCCUCUUCAAUUUCUAUGAGGAUCUGUACUUCACCUACCUCGAGAUCAACCCCCUUGUGGUGACCAAAGAUGGUGUCUAUGUCCUCGACUUGGCAGCCAAGGUGGACGCCACCGCCGACUACAUCUGCAAAGUGAAGUGGGGUGAUAUAGAGUUCCCUCCGCCCUUCGGACGGGAGGCUUAUCCAGAGGAAGCCUACAUCGCAGACCUGGAUGCCAAAAGUGGGGCAAGCUUGAAGCUGACCUUGCUGAAUCCCAAGGGCAGGAUCUGGACCAUGGUGGCCGGAGGUGGCGCAUCUGUCGUGUACAGUGAUACCAUCUGUGACCUAGGGGGUGUCAACGAGCUGGCGAACUACGGGGAGUACUCGGGUGCCCCCAGCGAGCAGCAGACCUAUGACUAUGCCAAGACGAUCCUCUCCCUCAUGACCCGCGAGAAGCACCCAGAUGGCAAGAUCCUUAUCAUCGGAGGCAGCAUCGCAAACUUCACCAACGUGGCCGCCACAUUCAAGGGCAUCGUGAGAGCAAUUCGAGAUUACCAGGGUCCCCUGAAGGAGCACGAGGUCACGAUCUUUGUCCGAAGAGGUGGCCCCAACUAUCAGGAGGGCUUACGGGUGAUGGGAGAAGUCGGGAAGACCACUGGGAUCCCCAUCCAUGUCUUUGGCACUGAGACGCACAUGACGGCCAUUGUGGGCAUGGCCCUGGGCCACCGGCCCAUCCCCAAUCAGCCGCCCACGGCGGCCCACACUGCAAACUUCCUCCUCAACGCCAGCGGGAGCACGUCGACUCCGGCCCCCAGCAGGACGGCAUCUUUUUCAGAGUCCAGGGCUGAUGAGGUGGCACCUGCAAAGAAGGCUAAGCCCGCCAUGCCGCUAGAUUCAGUCCCAAGUCCAAGACCCCUGCAAGGAAAGAGCGCCACCCUCUUCAGCCGCCACACCAAGGCCAUCGUGUGGGGCAUGCAGACCCGGGCCGUGCAGGGCAUGCUGGACUUUGACUACGUCUGCUCCCGCGACGAGCCCUCCGUGGCCGCCAUGGUCUACCCUUUCACCGGGGACCACAAACAGAAGUUUUAUUGGGGCCACAAGGAGAUCCUGAUCCCCGUCUUCAAAAACAUGGCUGAUGCCAUGAAGAAGCACCCGGAGGUAGACGUGCUGAUUAACUUCGCCUCCCUGCGCUCGGCCUACGACAGCACCAUCGAGACCAUGAAUUACGCACAGAUCCGGACCAUCGCCAUCAUAGCCGAAGGCAUCCCCGAGGCCCUUACGAGGAAGCUGAUCAAGAAGGCGGAGCAGAAGGGAGUGACCAUCAUUGGACCUGCCACUGUUGGUGGCAUCAAGCCUGGAUGCUUUAAGAUUGGGAACACCGGCGGGAUGCUGGACAACAUCCUGGCCUCUAAGCUGUACCGCCCCGGCAGCGUGGCCUACGUCUCGCGUUCGGGCGGCAUGUCCAACGAGCUCAACAAUAUCAUCUCUCGCACCACAGAUGGCGUCUACGAGGGCGUGGCCAUCGGCGGGGACAGGUACCCUGGCUCCACGUUUAUGGAUCAUGUGUUACGUUACCAGGACACUGCAGGAGUCAAAAUGAUUGUGGUUCUUGGAGAGAUAGGGGGCACGGAGGAGUAUAAGAUCUGCCGGGGCAUCAAGGAGGGCCGCAUCACCAAGCCCGUGGUCUGCUGGUGCAUCGGGACCUGUGCCACCAUGUUCUCCUCCGAGGUCCAGUUCGGCCAUGCUGGAGCUUGUGCCAAUCAGGCUUCUGAAACUGCAGUAGCCAAGAACCAGGCUUUGAAGGAGGCUGGAGUGUUUGUGCCCCGGAGCUUCGACGAGCUUGGAGAAAUCAUCCAGUCUGUGUACGAGGAUCUCGUGACCAGAGGGGUCAUCGUACCUGCUCAGGAGGUCCCACCCCCGACGGUGCCCAUGGACUACUCUUGGGCCAGGGAGCUGGGCUUGAUCCGCAAACCUGCCUCGUUUAUGACCAGCAUUUGUGACGAGCGAGGACAGGAGCUCAUCUACGCAGGCAUGCCCAUCACCGAGGUCUUCAAGGAGGAGAUGGGCAUCGGCGGGGUCCUGGGCCUCCUCUGGUUCCAGAAACGGUUGCCCAAGUACUCCUGCCAGUUCAUUGAGAUGUGCCUGAUGGUGACGGCUGAUCACGGGCCAGCCGUCUCAGGGGCUCACAACACCAUCAUCUGUGCUCGGGCCGGGAAGGACCUGGUUUCCAGCCUCACCUCAGGACUGCUCACCAUCGGCGACCGGUUUGGGGGUGCCCUGGACGCAGCAGCCAAGAUGUUCAGCAAGGCUUUUGACAGUGGCAUCAUCCCCAUGGAGUUUGUCAACAAGAUGAAGAAGGAAGGAAAACUCAUCAUGGGCAUUGGUCACCGGGUGAAAUCGAUAAACAACCCAGACAUGCGUGUGCAGAUCCUCAAAGAUUACGUCAGACAGCACUUCCCUGCCACCCCCCUGCUCGACUACGCGCUGGAAGUAGAGAAGAUUACCACCUCCAAGAAACCAAACCUUAUCCUGAAUGUAGACGGUUUAAUUGGAGUUGCAUUUGUAGACAUGCUUAGAAACUGUGGCUCCUUCACUCGGGAGGAAGCUGAUGAAUAUAUCGACAUCGGAGCCCUCAAUGGCAUCUUUGUGCUGGGAAGGAGUAUGGGCUUCAUCGGACACUAUCUGGAUCAGAAGAGGCUGAAGCAGGGGCUGUAUCGUCACCCAUGGGAUGAUAUUUCAUAUGUUCUUCCGGAACACAUGAGCAUGUAAUGGAGCCAGGAACCCUGUUACCGUAAAGUGAAGACGAGGACUCCUCCCCCGGGAAAUAGCUGCAGACAGCUGGCACUGGAGCUUGCUUAAAGGAUGGGCCUGGAGUGUGGACAGACACCGAAGACCAACACCCACAGGCUAACACUGUUCAGUCUACACAGAGAAGCUUAAUUUUUUUAUAAGCAUAGAAAUAGGAACCCAGCCAGUACUUGUGAGGUUCGCUCUGCUACCUGCUGUAUUUAUUAUAUGGAAGCAUCUACGCACUGUCAGGAUUGUGUUUUUCUUCAUUGUAGGGUGUUACAAUGUUGCUUUCUUUUUUCCAUUAGUUAAAAAAAUGUUUUUCCCUUGAAGGAAGGGAAUGACACUUUUAAGACCUCAAGCUACUUUCCAUUUAAAGGACCCCUAAUAUCUUGUUUUUUCCAUUUCCCUUUUCUUCCUCCUCAUAUAAGCUGAAGAGCAUUGUAUUAAUCUGAUUUUUUUUUUUAGCAUCUUUUUGUAUGUUGUGUGUUAAGUGUUCGGUAGCCCCCUGAAAUGUUCCAUGUUGCAGACCAAUGUCUGCUUAUGUCAGGGGGACGGGACCAUUGCAUCCUUAGCCAUUGUUACAGAAUAUGUGGAGCAGUAAUUUAAAAUGUAAAGUUGUAACAUACACAUGUUUCAAAAGGAAGUGCAAAGCAAAAAGCUGUGAAAUGUCUUGUGUCUUACAUUUUCUGUAUUUAUGCAACUGACUUGUCUGUUAUUGACUCCUCUCCAGCCAGUUUGCAUCUGUAAUCCACAAAGAUUCUGGGCAGCUGCCACCUCAGUCACUCCCCUGUAUUAUCAUAGUUGGGUUUAAAUAAACUAUACAGUAACAAUGAAAA